CGUCGCAUCGUUUAUGGAUCAGACGAAACGUCUUGGGCAAUAUUAGUCCGCGUGUCGAGAUGUUCCGCAAAGAUAGCUUUCCCCGCUGAGAACAUUCCCGUAGUUAUCGUCCGCCACCCCAAGCCUCUACCCCUGAAACCAUCGGGCCGACACUUCCGUUCCGCUAGUUUGAGGUCUCGCCCUGACGUUGCCAGAUGUACAUUCCUGCAGCAUAGCCCUCCUCUCCUCACGGUCCCUCUGUACUGCCCGACCGGAGCGUGACAAAAACCUACCGUCCUGUAUAUAGCGUUGAGCCACUCCUAAUUCUCCCGAGCACAGAGAUCUCCACAUCGAGCAGCAACGAUGGUCGGCAUAGCCUUAUACCACUGCACUCGAUGCGAUAGGCCAUUCGUACACGCAGAAGCGCUCUACCAGCAUCUGAGCAGUUCGCAAGCCCACUGGCCAUGCACGGAAUGUGGAUUCGACGGACCCCAUAGGGCGGAUCUGAUGUCUCACUACCGCAAGACGGGAUGCCGACAUGUGUGUGAGGGAUGCUCCGGUGGAGCGGGAUUUGGGUGGGUGAACGACAGCCCGGAGUACUGGGAGCAUGUCGCGAGGGAGCAUGUGUGCACUGUAUGCGGACGGCAUUUCGGCAGCGAGUCUAAUCUUCAACAUCACGCAAUAACUCAUCGAAACGCAACAAUCAAAUGCCUCGCCUGCGACCGCAGAUUCACCACCUAUGGCGGCAUGAUCAUCCACCUCGAAGCCGGGACCUGUGCAUCUGGCAUCGAUAUGCUCGACCUUAACAAGUCUGCCGCCAUGUGCUACCAGUCGCGCAAAUGGGUCUUCAAAGAGUUCCGGAAUGGCCUCCGCGAGCACAUUGCGCCUGCGCCGGCGGAAUGCCCAUUCAAAUGCCCGACUUGCGAAGCGGGCUUGCCGAAGUUGAGCAGCCUGUUUAUGCAUGUAGCGAGCCCUAGUUGUGGACAGGGUAUCAACGGGGGUGCUAUGAAGAAGCUGAAGAGGUGGCUGUGGAAGAGGCAUCAUGCGGGGUAUCAUAGGGCUUAAGGGGUGAGUGGUGGUGGCCG